GAAAUUCAGUUCCGAAUGCCUUUCAGUAUCUUCGAACAGUCACCAGGCACCGUUCGGCCGACAAUCAACGAUAGCCAUGACGUUCGGUAUUUUCGAUAUACCUCAAGGAGAUCCGGAACCCAUUCUCCUGGCCGGUUCGCCAUGGCCCAUGAUCAUCAUUCUGGCUGUCUACCUGCUCUUUGUCCUCAAGCUGGGCAGGAUAUAUAUGCGAAACCGAAAGCCGUACGACCUGAAGCGUCUGCUGAUGUUCUACAAUCUCGGCCAGGUGGUCUACAAUGGCAUCUACUUUGGCGUUGUUUUCUACUACCUGUUCAUCGAGGGCAUCUGCAAUCUGCGCUGCAUGGAGAGUUUCCCGCCCGGCCAUAAGCACCGACAGCUGGAGCGGGUGGUGCACACCGCUUACCUUGUCAACAAGGUGGUGGAUCUGCUGGACACCGUGUUCUUUGUGCUGCGCAAGAGCUACAAGCAGGUCAGCUUCCUACACAUCUAUCACCACGUGUUUAUGGCCUUUGGUGGCUAUGUGGUGACCCGCAUCUACGGCACCGGGGGCCACUUCAACUCCGUCGGACUGCUCAACACGUUCGUGCACACGGUCAUGUACUUCUACUACUUCCUGUCCUCGGAGUAUCCCGGCGUGAAGGGCAACAUCUGGUGGAAGAAGUACAUCACCCUGACGCAGAUAGUCCAGUUUGUGCUGCUCUUCAGCUACUCCUUCUACGUGCGCUUCCUCUCCCCCAACUGUGCCGUUCCCAACAGCCUGCUCUAUGUGACCAUGUUCCAGGGCAUCGUCUUUAUGUAUCUCUUUGGCAAAUUCUAUAUCCAGGCGUAUGUGCGACCUCCUCCUGUCCAGUCCCAGCCCCAGUCCCAGUCCGCGUCCCAGUCACAGUCUCAGCCCCAAUCCCAGCCACAGUCCAUGCAGAAGCAGAAGCAGAAGCUGUCGUAAGCAGCGCAAUGUGGACUCGAAUAUACCCUGUUCAUUAUAGCAAUAUAUGCGCAUACCGAUCAGACAUAGACACAGUUCGAUGCGCAUGCAACUAGCAACGACCCCACUUAGUGACGGCCCCAAGCAGGCUUUGAUUUCUGGACUUUCGACACAUUUAGAGGAAUAAAUAAAACUAUGCUAAUGGUAAAUACAAUACCAUAUGCUAUCAUCCCACAAUA